UCAGACCAGGUACACCAGGGAGGCGCGCUUCAUAAACUCUACACUGAGCUUCAACUACUCAAGCUGAGAAUCUUGUGAUUCCUGAAUGACAUGCUGUAAAUUAAUGAGUUGUAAAUCAGCAAAAAUACAGCAACUUCUGAGCUUCACACGAGGACUUUAAGCCUUAAAGAUAGAAGUUGGACUUUGACUCAAGAGUCAUCAUAUAAAGUAGAGGAGAGAGAAACAGAGGCUAUUUCACCCAACGGAAAGAGGAAGUGAGAACGAAGCCAUGGCUAUGUGGAGGACAGUGGGAGCUCUACUACUAAUACUACAUACUGUGUUUGGUCAGCACAGCAUCAGAUGGUGCACCAUCUCAGAUGCGGAGCAGAGGAAAUGUCAGGCCAUGUCGCAGUCUUUCGCCGAAGUCUCCAUCCGUCCGUCUCUCAGCUGUGUCAGCGGAGCGACAGUCGAUGGCUGCGUUCAGAAACUAGAGAGAAAAGAAGCAGAUGCCUUGUCCAUGUUCAGCACUGAUGUCUACAAACUAGGGAAGACUGCUUCCUUCAAGAUGGCUGCCAGUGAAUCAAAGGCUGAUCGUACUGGUGCUUCCUACUAUGCAGUUGCUGUGGUGAAGAAAGCAAAUUCUGGUAUCAACAUCAACAACCUGGCAGGAAAAAAGAGCUGCCACACCGGUAAAGGCCGAACAGCUGGCUGGAAUAUGCCUUUAGGAUACUUCAUAGACCAGGGCUACAUGUCUGUGAUGGGCUGCAACAUCCCACAGGGUGUGGCAGAUUUCUUCAACGCGAGCUGUAUCCCUGGAGCAAAUGAGGCUGGUGACCCUCCAUCUCUGUGUCAGCUGUGCAAAGGAGAUGCUAGCGGAGCACACAAAUGUGAGAAGAGCAACAAAGAGAGAUACUUCAGCUAUGAAGGAGCUUUCAGGUGUCUGGCUGAAGAUGCAGGAGAGGUAGCCUUCAUCAAACACACGACUGUCGAGGAGAACACUGAUGGUCGUGGACCAACCUGGGCUAAACCACUGUUGUCAUCAGACUAUGAGCUGCUGUGUCGUGACGGCACCAGAGCUCCUGUCUCUCAGUGGAAAACGUGCCAUCUAGUCCGUGUCCCAUUUCGUGGGAUUGUGGUCAGCAAUGACAUCACUCCCUCUGUGGUGUUGAACAUGCUGACAGAGGGCCUGGAAAAAUCAAGCUUCAACAUGUUUUCGUCUGCUGCGUAUGGAGGAGGAACUGUACUCUUCUCUGAGUCAUCCACCAUGUUUCAGGGGGUGGAGUCGGACGACCCCCAGAAGUGGAUGGGUCGCUUCUAUCAUAAUGCUCUGAGAGCCAUGGACUGUAAAGCUGAAGGUGUCCUGCGGUGGUGUGUGUUGUCCAGCGGUGAGCAGCAGAAGUGUGCUGACAUGGCCGUGGCCUUCCAAAAUAAAGGUCUGACUCCAGCCAUUAAGUGUGUCUACGGAGACUCUGUGACUGACUGCAUGAAGAAAAUCAAGGACAACGAGGCUGAUGCCAUCACUCUGGAUGGAGGUUACAUCUACACAGCGGGUAAAGAGUACGGCUUGGUUCCCGCUACCGGCGAGAGCUACACAGAGGACCGUGAUGGUUCCAUUUACUAUGCCGUUGUGGUGGUGAAAAAGAGUAGCCAAGACAUCCGUAACCUUGACGACCUGCGUGGCCGUCGCUCCUGUCACACCGGAUACGGUCGCACGGCUGGCUGGAACGUUCCCAUAGCAACGCUGAUGGAGCGAGGCCUGAUCACUCCUGAGCAUUGUCAGAUACCCCAAGCGGUGGCAGGGUUCUUCAAGCAGAGCUGUGUACCUGGUGCCAACCAGCCCGGUUUCCCUGGCAGCCUGUGUGGUCUGUGUGUGGGAGACAGCUCAGGACAGAACAAAUGUGAGAAGGGAAAAGACCUGUAUGAUGGAUACAACGGUGCUUUCAGGUGUCUGGCGAAGGGAGAUGGAGAUGUGGCUUUUGUCAAGCAUUCUACUGUCUUUCAAAACACUGAUGGUAACUCUGGUGAAUCGUGGGCAGUGGAUCUCCUGUCUACAGAUUUCCAGCUUCUGUGUUCCCAGAACACUAAAGCAGAGGUCUCACAGUACAGACACUGUAACCUGGCCAGAGUCCCUUCCCAUGCUGUAAUGGUACGGGCCGACACCAACAUCCACGCUAUCUAUGGACUCCUGGACCGCGCACAGACAUAUUUUGGCAGUGAUACAGGUUCUGGUUUCAGGAUGUUUGACUCGCAGGCCUACAAGGGCACAGAUCUCAUCUUCAAAGACUCCACUGUUCGCCUCGUGGGUGUUGGUGACAGAAAGACCUACCAGGAGUGGCUGGGCCAGGGUUACAUGGACUCACUGGUCAACAUGGAGUGUAACUCAUCAAGUGCAGUGAUGUCCUCUGUAUGGCUGCUGCUGAUGGCCCUGUUCGGCUUCAUGCUGACCAACCUCUUGAUGUAAAGACACAAUAUGAGACAGGUGUCCAGCCUCUCCUCCUACUCCCUUCCUCCCCCAUUUUCUCUAUUCCUCACCCCUCACUUCUUUACAUUUCCUGUAUAUUACCCACUCCUAUCCCUGAGUCUGUGUUUGUAUCUUAAAACUGCAUCAUUUCUACAUGAUUGUGUGUUAUUUUAAUGUACGAGAGGAUGGCAUGUUGGAACUGCCUUUGGAUUUAAAUGGUGCUAGUGUUGAAGGAAAUGAGGCACAAGGUCUCUUGUUUUUGUGGCAGAGGAGAGAGGUGGUUGCCAAAGGAAUCAGACAUGUUGAGAGAAGAUGUUGCUGCCACUAUGUUUACUGAAGGUGAGCUGCCAUAUCAGUGUGUAUGCUGCCACCUGUUACAUUGCUUUAGCGGCUAGUGCAUCCCUGUCUCUCCAAAGCUAGUUGUACAAAGAACAAACAAUCUCAUUUUUAGAAACUCAAAUGAGCCACAGAUAAUGUUUUAACUUCUGGUUUACCACAGAGAGUGGUGCUCAUGACAUAAAAAAAAAAAUUACAUUCAAAAAACAGUAACAUUUGUUCUCAGAAAUGCUGGAUAAUUCACAGAACACACUGUCAGCAUGUAUAGAGGUACAUUUAAAUUUCUGGGGGGGUUUUGUAAUGUAGAUGAAUUGACCCUUUAACCUAAGGAGCUCAGCUAGCAGCAGUAGCAUGGGUAGGAAGUUUACUUCAAUGUGAUUAAAUCAAUGUGUUCAAUCACAAAAAAACAAACCCACCAACCAAUGCAACCUUAAAGCUUUUCUCCCUGGUACCUUUAAGACUGUAUUGAUUCUAACCUGCUGUAACUGAUCCCAGGUCAGCGCCCCCAUUUUCAAAGGCUUCUUGUGAAUAUAAAAGUCAGAUUGGUGUUCUGCUCUGCUGCCACUUGCUCUAUGAGUACUACUAACAAACAUGGCCUUCCCUUAGUUUAGGCUGUGUUUCUACUAUAAGCUAAUGCCAUAUCAGUGAAUAUGCACUAGUGUUGCCUCCACAGAACUGUGCUGGGGAUGGUGUGAUGAUGAGUGACUGAGUGUUUGUCCAUAGGCUGUCUGCAUCAUGUAUUCUCCUGAAAUAUCUAAAAAUCAAUCAGAUAAAUACUUUUAUUCAUCUGGUUUAACCCAAUAUUUGAUCAAGCCUGCUUGCAGCUGCACACUAAAAUCUCUUGCUAUGUAUUUUCUGGCUAUUCUCUUAUUAUUGUUACUAAUCUGAUGCUUUUAGAUGUAAACUGCUUUAGCAGCAGAUAGACAGCAUACCUCCCACCUGCAGCCAUUUUUCACACCUUUUUAGCAUUUAAAUUUAUACAUUUGGACACAAAUGGAGUGAGUAACUCUGACAUACUAGUCAGGUUCCAUCUGAUUUUAGGAGAACAUAAAGAAAACAUCCUGUGGUUUGUGCUGGAGAGUGAAUGAGGUUUUGUUUGUCUGGAUGGUUUAAGUGAAAGAGGAGUUCUUGUCAGUUGAAGAAACACAACUUAGAAAAUGCCAUUUUACUUGAGUUGUUUGACUUAAUGUAAGAAAAUUGAUUAUUUUGGUUUGGAAAGGGAUUUGGCUUAAUGUCUUUAAUCAUGCAAGAGUGUCAAAGGAACAAAACACAGUUAAAAGAAAAUAAUCAUUUAAACUAUUCUAGUCUCAUGUCCAACUCAAACAACUCACUCCAGAAAUGUCUCUUUCUAACUCAAACUAACCAGUUCUUGCCAUAUGUACUGUACUUCCUGCUGCUUGAUGCUGUUUCCCGUUUUAAAAUGUUGAUUUGGAUGUGUAUUUUCCUAUGUUGAGAGAUUUAUUUUUAUAUGAAGUUCAGGUGCCAUAUCAGUGUAUAUGUACUGACUCAUGCUGCCAGAGACAAAUGCCCUUCUCUUCCUCCUGAUUGAGAUUUAUUUCUAUUUGAAAUGAUGUAACAUGUAACUAAUAUUUAGUUGCCAGGCCAGUGCGUCUGCAUAAGUAUUAAUACAUAAAGCUUCUUCAUGAGCUGUUUUCUGUGCUUGUUCAAAUGAAAUAAAGCUAUGUACUGCAAAACA